AUGAAUAGUGAUCAAGUUACAUUGGUUGGUCAAGUGUUUGAGUCCUAUGUUUCGGAAUACCAUAAAAAUGAUAUACUUCUAAUUUUGAAGGAAAAAGAUGAAGAUGCUCAUUAUUCAGUUGUGGUUAAUGCUAUGACCCUUUUUGAAACAAACAUGGAAAUUGGGGAAUAUUUCAACAUAUUUCCCAAUGAAGUACUUACUGUAUUUGAUAGUGCUCUGCGAAGAUCAGCCUUGACAAUUCUCCAGUCAGAUUCUCAGCCUGAGGGUAUCUCCAUGAAACAGAAUCUUCAUGCCAGGAUAUCAGGUUUGCCUGUCUGUCCUGAGCUGGUGCGGGAUCAUAUACCUAAAACCAAGGAUGUGGGACACUUUUUAUCUGUCACUGGAACAGUGAUCCGAACAAGUCUGGUGAAGGUUCUGGAAUUUGAACGGGAUUAUAUGUGUAACAAAUGCAAGCAUGUAUUUAUAGUCAAGGCUGACUUUGAACAAUAUUACAUCUUCUGCCCACCAAAAUCAUGUCCCAGCUUGGAGAGUUGUGAUUCUUCAAAAUUUACUUGUCUAUCUGAUUUAGCUUCAUCUCCAGCCAGGUGUAGAGAUUAUCAGGAAAUUAAAAUGCAGGAGCAGGUUCAGAGGCUGUCUGUUGGAAGUAUUCCAAGAUCAAUGAAAGUUAUCCUGGAAGAUGAUUUAGUAGACAGUUGCAAAUCUGGUGAUGACCUCACUAUUUAUGGAGUGGUAAUGCAGCGGUGGAAGCCCCUUCAUAUAGAUGUGCGCUGUGAAGUGGAGAUAGUUUUGAAGGCAAAUUAUGUCCAAGUAAAUAAUGAACAGUCUGGAGGUAUCAUCAUGGAUGAAGAGACCCGAAAGGAAUAUGAAGAUUUUUGGGAAUACUAUAAGAGCAAUCCCUUUGCAGGAAGGAACGAGAUACUGGCCAGUUUGUGCCCUCAAGUUUUCGGAAUGUAUCUAGUGAAGCUUGCAGUGGCUAUGGUAUUGGCUGGUGGGAUUCAAAGGACUGAUGCUACAGGAACACGAAUCAGAGGUGAAUCUCAUCUCUUAUUGGUUGGGGAUCCUGGCACAGGGAAAUCUCAAUUCCUCAAAUACGCUGCAAAAAUUACACCAAGAUCUGUGCUCACCACAGGAAUUGGUUCUACUAGUGCAGGUCUGACAGUAACUGCUGUGAAAGACUCAGGAGAAUGGAAUUUAGAGGCUGGAGCAUUAGUCCUUGCAGAUGCAGGCCUCUGCUGUAUUGAUGAAUUUAAUAGCCUCAAAGAGCAUGAUAGAACCAGUAUCCAUGAAGCAAUGGAGCAACAAACCAUAAGUGUUGCUAAGGCUGGGCUUGUGUGCAAGCUGAACACAAGGACCACCAUCCUGGCGGCAACUAACCCCAAAGGCCAGUACGACCCCCACGAGUCUGUCUCUGUGAACAUUGCCCUUGGCAGCCCUCUUUUGAGUCGAUUUGACCUGAUCCUUGUUUUACUUGAUACCAAGAAUGAAGACUGGGAUCGUAUAAUUUCCUCCUUUAUCUUAGAAAAUAAAGGUUACCCAAGUAAAUCAGAGAAACUCUGGAGCAUGGACAAAAUGAAAACCUACUUCUGCCUCAUUAGGACUCUGCAACCCAAAUUAUCUGAUGAGGGAAAUCAAGUUCUUCUCCGAUACUACCAAAUGCAGAGGCAGAGUGAUUCCCGGAAUGCCGCCCGCACCACUAUCCGCCUGUUAGAAAGCUUGAUACGACUAGCAGAAGCUCAUGCUCGCCUGAUGUUUCGUGAUACAGUGACUCUGGAAGAUGCUGUUACAGUGGUAUCAGUAAUGGAGUCUUCAAUGCAGGGAGGGGCACUGCUUGGAGGUGUGAAUGCACUUCACACUUCCUUUCCUGAAAACCCACUGGAGCAGUACCAAAGACAGUGUGAACUCAUUCUGGAAAAACUAAAGUUGCACAAUCUCUUGAGUGAAGAGUUAACAAGACUUCAAAGGUUGCAGAAUCAGAAUCUGACCCAAUCCCAACAACAGGUUGUGGAAGGAGAGAGUACUCCAGAAUUCAUGAGCAGUGACCCAGUGGACAAACCAACAUUUAGAACUUCCACACCCCAGGAAAUGAAUUGUGGCCUGCAUAUCUCGUCCCCUGGAGACAAUCCCAGGGAAAGCCUGCUUCUUGAUCCUCCAUCUAACCAGAUGCUUAAUAGAUCCAAUAGAAAGCAUUCAGCUGAGCACAAAAUUAACCAAGAAAAUGAUUUGGACUGCUUUGAUACCAUGGUAACUCAUCAGAUUAAAACAAAAAACACUGUCCUAGCAUCUCCUAGUCCCAAAACAACUGCAGGGGAAAUGGCUUUAAAAAUCAGCAGCACAUUUCAAGGGGAAAAAAAGAAUGAACCAGACCAAAGUGAACAGCUUCCAGCACCAGAAGAGAAAGAGACCCCAUGGAGACCAGAUAAUGUGGAGGGUCAACAGGUAACAGUAGUAUCUGCUGAUGAACCAGGCUCAGUAAUGACACAUCAUGUCCCUAGGAAACUUCACAAACUGCACAAGGAGGGAACCCAGAAAUGGUGCAGAAGUACCACCGCAGGACCUUCAGGUUUUACUAGCUCUUCUCCUGGUCCUAUCUCAGAAACAAGGCUCAAAACUCCCAAGAGAAAGAGUCAGAAAUCCCUUGCUCCAGCAGAAGUGCCUGAACUUGAAAGUCUUGAGAAUGAAAUUGAUCCCCCAUUAGCCAAACUGGCAAAGUUUACUUUCAGACAGAAGUCCAAACUUAUCCACUCACCUGAAGACCACUGCUUUGAGUCUUCUGGUACAAUUGAAAUAGCAGGUGAGAGUCCUACACUUUCUGGGCAUAUAACAGGAGGAGAAGCAAUAUUACCUGGAAAGGGCUCAGGAAAGUUGAGAUCCAACUUGGGAAACAGAAGCUCAGAUCAGUUACUGGGCAAUGCACAAGAGGUACCACAACAGCCACCAGAAAAACAUGGAUUAAGAGAGAAGGAAUAUGUUCCUAAAAAGAGACUUACACAGCCUGAAUUGGAGCUCAGACAUGAGACAGAGCAUUUUCAUCUUCCUUGUGAAAGAGAUGGAAAGGAGAUUAUAUGUAGUAAUAAAAGCAGCAAGGUUCAUGCUUGUACCUUAGCCAAAUUGGCAAAUUUUUCCUUUAGUUCUCCCUCUGAAUCCAACGAACAACCCACAUCUCCUCCUAAAAGUAAGAACUGGAGUGAGAGAGACCCAACCCCUCCUACAACUACAGCCCCUAUACUUGCCAGUAAGAGGAAAACUUUUCAGCUAGGGGGUUCCUCUGAGAAAUCAAAUUUUUCCAAAAAAUCUCUCUUCUCUUUAUCAGAACUAGAUGAUGAAACAUUAGAUUUUGAUUGGGAAGAAGAAAUGAGAAAAAAGUCCUAAUCAUGAUUAACUUUUAGCUUCCUAAGCCAAUAUGGCAUCUUCAGAAUAUCAGUGCAGUAUUUUUAAGUGCACAAAACUAUUGACCCUACUGAGUUAACAUUCUGAAAUGAGUCCUCUAACGAUGUUAUAUUCAGGUUU